AUGCUUCUCGACGAAGAUCCUGCCACUCUCAUCCACCACACAAUCCACAACUUUAACAUUGCGCCCGACAAAACCGCCUGCUCCCGCAUCACCGACUCCCUCUCCACAUUAAGCCAGGCGCGCGAGCUUAGAAUCAGAGAUGCCGAAUCAUCGCUAAAGAAACUCGCCCGCUCCCUCCAUACUCUCCAAUCACAGCAUGAGGAGCUAACCUCGACACACUCCUCUUCCGCCCACGCAUCCGAGAUCUCGCGCCUCGACACGCAAAAGUUCCGCAUCGCGAAGGCAGUGUCCGACCUGGAGAUGGAAGCAGAGCGAUUGUCGUCACAGCAGGCCGACCUAGCGGCGCGCCUCCAAGAGCUUGAGCUACAAGGCCUGGAAGGAUCGCCGGACGACAAGCGGAGGGACCCCGUGGACGACGAGGUCCUGCUGCGCCUCAAGGUGUACCGAAGCCUAGGGAUUGAUCUGGAGCGCGACGAGAAGGAUGGCGAGUUCUCGAGGGCCAUUGUGCGGAAUGAUCGCAAAGGCGAUGUCCACGUCAUAAACAUGGAUAAGAAGUUUUCCCGCUUCUUCUACGCCAACUACUUCUGGCAGACGCUCUGA